UAACAGUGUCAACUGUUGCUCCGGCAUUUACGUUUGCCAUUCGCCCAAAAACCACAAACAUUAAUCACAUUUUUAAAGCGCAGAUUUUAGAUUUAAUUAAACCCAAAAUGGAAGACUGGCGCGGUCUUUGCCGCACCUGUGGAAUAACAAUAAAUGAAAAGAUCGCAAGAGCAAAGCUUUUUGAGGAACUCAACUACCCACUAGUAUCUUUAAUUGAGGAUAUCACCGACAUGUGGAUGGAGAGCGACAGGAGCUUGCCAGAAUAUAUAUGCAAUAAAUGCAAAUCCUUGUUGGAAGAGGUUGUUGAAUUUCGUGUUAGUUGCCUCGACACUCACAAAAAGCUAUUGGAGGCCAAAAGACGGGCGAUAAAAAAUCUUAAGGAUGAGCACAACUUGUGUGAAGACAUCGAAAAUGUAAAUAAUACGGACUGUGUUGAACUUCAACAAGCAAACUCGAAAUCCAAUUGCGAAGCAGUUGAAAUCCAAUGCCCGGAACCAUCCAAGUCCAGCGCCAAAGCAAAUAGAAUAAAUAGAAGAAGCAGCUCCAAGAAACCAAACACAUGGAUUUGCGAACAAUGUGGCGGAGAGUUUAAAUGCUCAACAUAUUUAAAACUGCAUAUGUUACGCCAUACGGGGAAAAAGGAAUUUGAGUGUGAUAUUUGUAAGCGGCGAUAUUACACACAUAACGAAAUGAUCCGUCACAAGAUCUUGCACUCCAAAGCCAGACCAUAUUCUUGUCGCUUCUGUGACAAAUCAUUUCGUGGCACCAGCAGUAAGGCAGUUCACGAAAGAACCCAUACAAAUGAACGUCCCUUUGCCUGCCAAUACUGCGAGAAAACAUUUACCUCCACCUCUGUUCGAAGAAUGCACGAACGUGUUCAUAUUAAUAAUCGGAAAUAUCAUUGUGAACCAUGCGACCAAUGGUUUCAGCGAUCCUCCCAUUUAUCGCUGCAUCAACGGACCAAACUGCACAAGAGUAAAAUUAUCAAUACUUAAUGGUUUUUUAGUUUUUUAAAAUAAUGUCAUUCAAAAUUGGUAUGGUACAGUUGCUUCUGUGUGAGUGUCAGACAAUAAACAGCUGAUGUAAUUUGUGUGAA